AUUUUCUUUUACUGCUGUUCAUUCAGUUUUCCUUCUGGGCCGGAGAUGGCGAAGCAGCCUAUAAAGAUUGAUUGGGAGACGGUGCUUCCUGAGAUGCGCGACAACGGCCCGCCUCUGGAAGUCGAAGUGGUCGCAAUGGUGGCGUCGGAGGGUUCGGAUGUUGCGAAUCUCGCUGAUCAUGCGUUGCUGGAAUCGAUUCAGCGGUUGAAGAAGCACCUUUCGUCGGAGAUUAGGAGUCGGCUAAGUGACGGCGGCGCCAAGUUGAAGGCAUUGCUGUACCAGAUGGAUGCGGAGCGCAAUCGGAGGGAUCGUGUCCGUGACCCCGAGGUACGUUGACGGAUGCUCCAUCGAUGUUCGCUUCGACGGAGGAAGCAAAGGAUUUGUUACUGUGAUUGUUUAGAAGAAGGAGGAAUAGAGUGGAUGACAUUCUAUCAAUGCGAGGCGACAUACGGAGUUCCUAAAAAAAGGGUUUUGCCCAAUAGUUAGUUUUAAAAGAGGGACUUUUCACGUUUAAUCGGAAAACCUAAAUGGAAAUAAGGAGAUGAAAUAGGCUCAAUAAGAAGCAAAUGGGUUGCAAAUGGGGACGAAGUUAACGAACAUGUGGUCGUGGCAGGAGGUAAGGUUGAAUUUGCAUUUGGAAAUUAAAUAGAUUGAAGUGAAGAAAAUAUCACCAUGGUGGAACAUACUUCCCGUUUUUUGUUGCACAAACAACAAUAAAUUGGACACUGGAAGUUGCGAUACUACCACUCAGUCAAAAAAUAUGGAAUACCCAGUUAAAAAUCACAGUGAAAAUCCUAUACAAUCGAAGUUUGCCUCUAAGUUUAUAGAGAAGUUAGAAGGAAAGGCAGAUGCUGCAUUUGAUGAGGACUUGAAUGUUAUCAAUCAAUGCAAGGCCAAUGGCUAUGGGGAAAAUGGGCUACACAAGAAUGAGAGAGGUCAUCGGUUUAUAAUCACUUCACAGAAAACUAAACAUUCUUCAAAGCAAACACCUUUCAAAUGUGUUGGUAGAUUUAAGUUGAGGUCCUUUAGUGAUGAGCAUGAGGAUCCGUGUUCUUCCCAUCGUCCUAAAGAGAAUUAUUACAAUUACAAACGGAGGAGGAUGAGUGCCCCAGACACUAAGAUUAGGAAUUCAGUGUCAACAAGUUUAGAAAAGGUUAAUAAAGUUGUUCUUUUGGAUGAAGAAGAAAUUCACUCUGUACAGACAUCAGAAGAUGGCUCUGAUAAAUGGAAGAUGGCGAUUGUUUAUUACCCUUCAAGGGAGGAUCCUGAAUCUGUACAGCUUUCUUACACAGAUAUAGCAUGUCUAGAGCCUAAAUCAUACUUGACAUCUUCGAUAAUGAAUUUUUACAUUCGGUAUCUGCAGAUGUCCCUGUCCUUGGUUGAUAGACCAAAAGAACGCUAUCAUUUUUUCAAUACAUACUUUUACAAGAAACUUGAGGAAGCAAUUUCGCCUAAGGCUAACAAGGAAUUUGAGAAACUGAGGAGAUGGUGGAAAGGUGUUAACAUAUUUCAAAAGUCUUACAUCUUCAUUCCUGUUCACCGAGAUAUGCACUGGAGUUUGGUGAUUAUCUGUAUUCCUGCAAAAGAAGAUGAAUCGGGUCCAAUUGUCCUUCAUUUGGAUUCAUUAGGCAUUCACAGUAGCCAUUUAAUAUUUGAGGUCAUUGACCGAUAUUUGAAAGAGGAAUGGAGUUACAUGAAUCAAAACUCUCCUCCCCAAGAUCUUCCUUUUACAGAUAAGAUAUGGAAAAACUUUUCAUGCAGAAUUGACUACAAAACAAUAACAGUACCCCAGCAGAAAAAUGAAUAUGACUGUGGUCUUUUUGUGCUCUACUUCAUGAAGAAGAUUAUUGAAGACACACCUGAAAGAUUUAGAAGGAAAUAUCUCUCUAUGUUUGGUAGCAAGUGGUUCAAAUCCGAGGAAGCUUCUGGAUUGAGGAAACAGAUUCAAGGUCUGGUUCUUGAAGUAUUUGGCUCUGCUAUGACUGAGAACGAUAAAGCAGAAUCACCAUGUUGCCAUGAGUCACCUGAAGAUGAUUGUCUGCAAUGAUUUGAUCCCUUUCCAACUCAAAGUACUAGUGACAUUGCUGAACCUGCCAGAAGUUCGCUUUGCAGAGUGUGAAGUUAAACAGAAUACUGAUCGGACCUCAAAUUAAAGUAGAAAAUCUCUCUCUAUAAUAGGCCUUAAACAUGCCAUUGAACGAGCUCUAAUAUUGGUGAAAUGAGGGUCUUUAUCGUCCAGAGAUGCAUAUUCUACUAUCAAUUUUGCACUAUUUCGUUUGCUUCACUGUAUGAUUUGUAGCUUGUGAACACAGAAUUGUAUAUAUCUGUAUACACAUUUUGUAGCUGCAGUGCCAAUCGGGAUGCCAAGCUUGAUCAGUGUGUUUCCUGC